GGCUCGGCGAUAAAGGCCGCGUGACACACCGGAGAGGCCUAUCAGUUUUGAAAGCGUUUGAAAGUUUCGGUUGAAAGCCGCCGAAAGCGUUUAUUGCUGACAAAACGGAAAUCCAUAAUCGAUAUCGACGAUGUUUAAAUGCUGUGUGUGCAACAAAAGCUCAAAGAAGGAGAAGCCGAACGGCGAGGUGGCGAAGUUGACGCCAAAGCAGCAGAAUCAGAAGGCUGCCGACUCGCAGUUAGUUGGCAUCGAUUGCACGAAGCUCGAGGAGAACGGGCCGAUCGGACGGGAGGAGAAGUUGAACGGCGACGUGCAGAGAUUUGAGAAAGUUUCUUCCCCGUCGAUGGAGAAAGACGGUGGUACGGAAGUGGUCGACGACCUGACCGUUAAGAGUCCGUUGCCUGCUGGAAAGCGCGACGAGGUGAACGACAAUUCUCGAUCGCAGGCCGCCGAAUUGACAGCGGGAUCGAACGACGACAAGGGGGGUGACAAUGAGAACGAUAUCGGAAGUGGGAGCGGUCGAGCGAAACUGGAGAAGAGUAGCGGCGAGGUGAACGGAAGUGAGGAUGCUAAUGGGAACAGGACGGCGGAGGAAAGUGACAAUGUAAGCGGAAACGAUAACGGGGGUGGCAAAGGUGGAGGAGGAGUGGUGGAGGCAAUGCUGAAUUCCGGGGUUCCCAGCGCCGUUAAAAUUAAUCUUUACGACUCUUCCGCGUAUAUCGAGAGAACGAUCGAUGACGGACCCGAGGAGGAAGGCGAUGAUUCCGUUUUCGAAGCCUGUCCGAACGAUACCAACGCGACCGAAAAGCCGCCAGUUCCGUCAAUUCCUCGGUGGCUUUCGGAGGAAGAAGAUGGCGAGCACGAUUCAGAAGAAUGUAGCGGAAUGCAGGAACCACCGGCGACGCCGGUUGCUCGCGAUGAACUAGCUUUAAGACGUCACAGAUUCUUCUCCGAUUUAUUACACGCCGCGCAAAACGCGACAGAACACAGAGUGAGGUUCGACCCCCUAGGACCGAUGGUGCAUACCGGUUGUGAAGCUAAUGAUAAGGAGGAACAUUUGGAAGAGUUGGUAAAUAGAUUGGAAAAAGUUACAAGAAGAUUGGAAAAAGUAAAAGGUCAGUCUGUAACUGAAACUCAAGAUUCUGCUGUUCAAACAAACACACCAUCGCCAAAGAGAUCUCAAGCAGUGAAAGACAGUGACUCAGUACUCUCUGCCUCACCUUCUCAUUCAACAGAGAAAAAAGUAGAAGAUAAAUUUAUCAGCAUGUCAGUCGCAGGAUAUGAAGAUCUUUUGGCUGGUCCUGUGAAAGAAUAUUUACAACUGAGUGAAAAAAUUGGCGGUGAUGUAGUUACUCACAGCAAGCUUGUAGAAAAGGCAUUCAGGAUCCAACUGGAAUUUAUUCGGACUGCAGCAAGUCGCCCAAUCCCGGCGAACCAGUCAGAACAAAUUUCUCUUCUUGCACCUACAUCUACACAAAUUCAACAGAUUCAGGAGUUUCGUGAGAAAAAUAGAGGAUCUCAAUUUUUCAAUCAUUUAUCAGCAAUUAGUGAAAGUAUUCCAGCUUUAGGAUGGGUUGCAGUGUCACCUACUCCAGCACCUUAUGUAAAGGAAAUGAAUGAUGCUGGGCAAUUCUAUACAAAUCGUGUAUUAAAGGAAUGGAAAGAGAAAGAUAAAGUACAUGCUGAGUGGUGCAAGGCUUGGGUACAGACACUAAGUGAUUUGCAGCAAUAUGUGCGUCAGCAUCAUACAACAGGACUUGUAUGGGCAAAAACUGGCUCUGCGCCAGCAGGCAUACCACCACCUCCACCACCAUGCAUGCCUCCUAUGGGAGACGUAGCACCGGCAAAUAUUAGCGAUGACAGAAGUGCUCUUUUCGCCGAAAUUAAUCAAGGAGAAGCUAUUACAAAGAACCUAAAGAAAGUUACAUCAGACAUGCAAACACACAAAAAUCCUUCGUUGAGAACUGGGCCAGCACCAUUUAAAGCACCUGUUGUUGAUAAUGCUGUACCAACGAAAACAAUUCCGCCUGCAAAUGCGCCAAUUGAUAAACCUCCUGUAUUCACUAGAGAUGGGAAGAAAUGGCUCGUGGAAUAUCAUAAAGGUAAUAAAGAUUUAGUUAUUGAUAACGUGGAGAUGAACAACGUAAUCUACAUGUUCCGAUGUCAAGACAGUACUCUAGUUAUCAAAGGCAAAGUUAACUCCAUCGUUAUGGACUCGUGUCGCAAAUCAUCCGUUGUCUUCGAUUCUGUUGUAUCAAGUAUCGAAUUCGUUAAUUGUCAGAGUGUACAAAUGCAGGUACUAGGAAAAGUUCCCACAAUCUCAAUUGACAAAACGGAUGGUUGUCAGAUGUAUUUGAACCUAGAAUCACUAAAUGUGGAAUUCAUUAGCAGCAAGUCUAGCGAGAUGAACGUUAUGAUACCUCGAGCAAAUGGAGAUUAUGUGGAGUAUCCCAUACCGGAGCAAUUCAAAACGAUCAUCUGUCCCAAAGGUCUCAAUACCAUUGCGGUGGAUUCGCUGGGCUAAAGUCUCGACGGCUCGAUUACCCAUAGCCUAACUAAAUGUUUGUUAAGAGUACAGCUCGUUAGAGAUAUCAUCUUCAGAGGAUUCGUCGAUUUAUAAUUUAUUGCUUCUUUAUAACUAAUUUAAGAAUUUAGAAGAAGAAGAGCGAGGAAGAAAAAACGGGAGCAUAUGUACUUGCUCGAAAGUAUAGAAUUGAAUUAGAUAAAUCGAUUGAACUGUUUGAAAUAUUUGCAACCCUAUCUCCUUGUUUCGAACAUAUUUACACAUUUCGUGGAGAUCAUCGAUCCCGUGUUUCAGACAAAAUUAUGGAAUCACGUUGAAACUCAAUGCUCAAUCGAACGAGUCUUAUUAUAUUUAUGUAUAAAACACGCGAACGUUUUCUAUCGAUCGCGGCACGAUAUUUUGUAAUAUAGUCUUAAUUAGAUCCCUAGUAAUUGUGAUUCGUCUGAUAGGUGAUAACGGAUGAAAAUGGAGUCGACAUUCUUCACGAGUGUGUUAUUAACGCACGAUGGUGCUGAUGUAAGGAGACUGUAGGUUGGAUUAAAACUGUACAGGUAUGGGCAAAAGUUUUUCUAAUCUUCGAAUCUUCGACCUUUUAUACAUUUACACCAUUUUUUAUCGUGAUCAAACUUUUGUCCACACCGAUGAGAAACCGCUUCUCGAGAUUUCUCAGUCCGACUCGCUAUGGAAUUGCCAUUCGACGUUUCUCGGUGGGAAAAAGAGCGAGCGCCCCGGCACAUGCGAACAAUUUCCGAGGAAGUAGAAUCAGAAAGUAUUCACGAGUCAUUUACAAAGCAUUAGUGAUGUCAUAUCAAUAUAGCUUAAUUGUACAGAGUAUCUGGUUGUGUGUACAAAGUACAGCAAGCGAUAGAUUCAGCACGCAAAAGUAAGAAAAAGAUUUAUUGUAAAUGUAGGUCCAAUAUGAUGUUGUUCUCGAGUUACUUUUUGUUGUAUGUUAUGUUUUACAUUUUGUUUUACGUCGUCAUUAUUGAGCUAUUCCAAACAAAGCAGACAUUGCAUAGAUUGAAUAAUAUUAGAUCUGAUUGAGGAAGUGUUUGCAGAUUUUAAAUAUCUCCAUGAUAAUACAUGAGCAAAUUUAAGUCUGGAGAGCGAUUGAAAAAUACAGUCUGUGUGAAGUAUUUCUUUAACAACUGUUGCAACAUAAAGUAAGUUGUAACUUGAAAACAAAGUCAUAUUGAAUGAUAUUAUUGUUUAAACCGUUUAAACGAUAUUAUUGUUUUUUUUUUGUUUUAAUAUGCUGAAUUCAUCUCUACUGCACUUCUUACAUUUAACGAGGUACCCAAUAUUAACUUGAGACUUUUGCAGCAUUCUUACUUUACAUAUCGUAUUAUGUAUUAAUUCAAUGAUGUAGAACCGCGUUGAUUGGAAAGAAAUGAUUUCAUGCCAGUAUAACAUUAUAUAUAUAUAUAUAAUUUUCAUUGAAUUUUCAAGUUUGUGCUUUCAGUUUUGCGAGUCUUCCGUGUUCAUAAAUGUUCGUGAUGUGUAAAUAGAAUGGGAUGCUGAAUUUAUUUUAUGAGAGAACAAAUCGAUCGUUUACGCGCGUGCGUUGAAGAACUUUCGCACUCGUAAGAGGAUGAUGGUAUCCUUCGAGACGAAGCGAGACGAAAAUGAUCAAAAAUAACGGUUGUGCAAAAGUCUUAAUGGUCAAGCCGUAAGGAGGAACACUCCACGAAACGAUAAAUCAAUUAAUAAACUCGAUACUGAAUUUUAAAAGCGUGCUGUUUGAACGUGACGUAAAUUACAUUGUGAUUUUUACCACUUGGUAUAUUGUGCUAAUCGUAGGUAUAAUCUAAUAUUAGAACUACUUAAAGGCACGAUCUAGAAUGACAUGAUCAUAAUAGAAUAACAAUGAAUCCAGCAGUUCGAUCCUUUUUUAUCAGAGAGACAGAAAGAGAGGGAGAGAAAAAUUCAAAAGAGACACGACUUUUUCAUUUAUAUCAAAUAUACGGUACUAAACCUGUUUGAAUCUAGAACGCUGAUCAUUUGAACUGAGUGAUUAUUUAUCAUUAAGGAUCGUACUGCCUGUAAUGCCGUAAUUUCUAACAGCCUUCGUUUUAAUAUCGAUAGAGUAUUACAUUGAGAAUAAUUAAUAUUUAUUUCUGAAUAUGAUUUUCAGUGCUAUUUCUAAUUGUCCUAAUAAAACAAAUUAAUAUACCAUUUAAA